CGGAUACAGCUUACGAAACAAAACCUAAGUCAAUAAAAUUAAUUAUUUCUUUAUUUAAUGGUACCAUUUGGAUGAGUUUGUGGUUAAGUUAGGUAAGCUUAAAUACGCGCUUGACGCAAAGUGAAGAUAUGGACACAAUAAGCGUGAUCAGGGCUGGGAUUGCCGUCGCCUGCUUUUGCCUCGUGGCGGCUACAUCCCCUAUUCUUCACGUAACGCAGCACCCCGCACGUCGCGAAAUAAACGUCAAUGCAAAGAUCGUCGUCAACACGACCGUCUAUUUCCCGGACGUGCUGACUACCGGCGUCGUGGUUAACCUUGAACCGACUGUCGACGUUCCGGAUAUGCAUAUAAUCAAGGUGACGGAGGUGAGGGUGGGCUCCAACCUGUGCGUCACUGGCAGCCUCACACCGGUCAAGGACUAUGGUCAGGAGGUCAUGAGGGACAGGCCAUAUUCGCUGUCGUUGCAAUACGAGUUAGGUGACGUUAUGAACAUGGCGGCAGUGGCGGCAGAUGACGCGGACCAGCAGCCGACAGCGGAGUCCGCGUUCUUUGUCCAGUACGAGGCGGACAUCUUCAAGCCGCUCCUCAUGGACCUCGGUCACGUGCACGAGUUCGGUGUCACCGUGGAGACGACCCACACCCGGGAUCGCCUGUACGCCAAGGGCGUCUACACGGACUUCAGUCUACCGCUGCUGUUCAAAUCGAUCGGGAACCAGCUGCUGUUCAAAUCGCUCGGGAAACAGUCUGCGUCAGUUGCACCGGAAGUCGCUCAGAUGGAGAUAGAAGAAAUAUAAGCUGUAUUUAUUACCUAUCAAAUAAUGUUACUCUGUUUGUUACAAUAUCUGUUUGUAGACAACAUCUUAAUAUAAUCGAUAGGUUAUUGACUUAUAAUACAUAGUGCUUAAAUGGUUCAAUACCGCAUCUUUUUGUAGUUCCUUUACACAAGUUCUUUAUUUUUUUGAUGUUGCCUUUCUAAAUGGUUACUUUUGUUGUUGUUGUUGUUCUGUCUUUAUUUUGUGUUGCUAUUUUUUCUUUUUCUUUCUUACAAUAACAAAUUAUUGCUGAUAAGUAUAUGGUUUUGAUGUAUCUUUACUUACCUUUAUUAAGCAUAUUUAAUUAAUUUUUAUGCAUAAUGUCGCCGUUGGCUUUGUGUAUAAAUUACUUUGAUUCCUUUUGGUAGCCACAUAGUCUUGUAGUAUUUUCACCAGACUAUUGCUCAUUUUGGACAUGUAGUUUUUCCCUGUAAUUUCUUUAAUAUAACUUUUACAUUCGUUAACUGUAAAAUAAUAUCCUUCUAUAAUCGCUUGUAACAGCUGAGUAGCUGAUUAAACUUCAAAGAUUACCUUCCCCCCUCACCCAUAUACUUUUUAUAGUUUGUUCUGACGGAUUUCCCAAUAUUUCUUGAAACUGUGUAAUUACACAAUUUAUAUAAGCUAACCUGUUGUCACUAUGUUAUUAUAUGACCUGUAAAACAUAAUAAAGAUUUGUUAUGUUCUGUUCUAAAAGUCACCAUCAAAAGAAAGUCGUGUUUUUAUUUUUAGUUUUUACAAACGAGUAAUUUUUAUUAAAGAUUAUUAAAUGAAUUAUUUUCUUUAUUGUUCACCGAUGCGAUGGUUACCAACUGGAUCACUGUUAGCAUCAUUUAUCGAAAGAACAUAUGAGCCUUAUUCUGAGAAAACUGGGCAUAAUUCAUGUGCGUAAAGUGUCGUCCCAGAUUAGCCUGUGCAGUGCACACAGGCUAAUCAGGGACGAAACUUUACGCCUUUAUGUGUUUUUUUCGUUUGAAGGAAGUCUCGUCUUACCGAAAAUCUUUUUAAGGCGGAAAGUGUCGUCCCUGAUUAGCCUGUGCGAACUGCACAGGCUAAUCUGGGACGACACUUUACGCACAUGCAUUAUGCCCAGUUUUCUCAGAACACGACUCAUAUGUCUACUAUUUUCUUCUAAGCAUCACGUUUAUUAUAUUCAUAGCCCAUUCAUGGAGAAAAAAACUUGCUUUUAGUUUGAUUUUAGCGUUGGUCUUGACUUAAUACUGUUCAGAGAAUGUCCACAUCUUCAGCGAUUUCCACUGUGUUUUAAAACUAUUUAAUGAUGUAGACAUUAUUUCUGUACUUUGAUCCCCUUUUAUGUUGCAAUUGCUUUCAAUAAACAUUUCUGCAAAGUU